AUGAUAUUGGACGUAGAGGACGAGAUACUCUGUCGCGUUCCGGCCAUAUCUCUCAACCGGUUGCGAUCUACUUGCAAGCGAUGGAACAAUUUAUUCAGAGAAAGCAAAUUCACUAGAAAGAACCUUGAGAAAGCCGCAAAGCAGUUUCUUGUUCUCAUGUUGAAGGAUAGUAGAGUUUGCUCGAUAAGUGUCAAUCUCCAUGCAACUCGUCCAUCUGCAAAGGUCACACGUGAACUUAGUCUAGUCGAUCCUCGUUACAAUGAUCAACUCGUGAUCUCUCAAGUUUUUCACUGUGACGGCUUAUUGUUAGGCACCGACGAUGACGAGAGUAUAAUCGUGGUUUGGAACCCUUUAACUGGCCAAACCAAGUGGUUCCAAACUAGCGACGGUGACAAGACAAACACCUACUAUGCUCUUGGAUCCUACCAAGACAACAAAUCUGGCAAUAAAAGCUACAAAGUAUUGAGUUAUGGUUACGACCAAGCAUUCGAAAUCUAUGAUUUAAACGCUGAUUCAUGGAGGACUCUUGAUGCCGCCACUCCUGACUACCAGUUUCCUUAUAGUGAUUGCUGCACGUCUUUGAAUGGGAACACUUACUGGCCGAUUGCUUUACAAGAAGAGGAGAAACAGGAGCCAUGCAUAUUCUUAGUAAGGUUUGAUUAUACAAGAGAGAAAUUUGAACGUCUUAAGGGUCAGAUUCCUAUAUAUAUGGAUGAUCAAAUUGUGGCUCUAUCGGUUGUUAGAGGAGAGAAACUUGCAUUGUUGUUAAAACCCGAAAAGUCAUCAAAGACUGAGAUAUGGCUGACGAAUAAGAUUGAUGAAACCAAGGAGAUAUCGUGGAGCAAGGUGUUAGCGGUUGAUUUUAGCCCUUAUCUCCAAGAUUCGUAUGGUUUGAGUUUCUUGUUCGAUGAGGAGAAGAAAGUCCUCGUGUGUUGUGAUAACGACGACGACUGCGAACACAUCAUGGUAUACAUUGUUGGAGGGGACAAUAGAGUCACACGAGACAACUUUGGAGAAGAAGAUGAUGCUACGCCUUUUCUGUUUUAUUAUGUUCCAAGCUUGACUCGAAUCUAG